AUGCGGACGAUCGUCCAGCCCGACGCAAGCGCCAAAACCCUAACCCUAACCACCGCCCCCGUCCCGACCAUCGACCCUGCAAAGGGCGAGCACCUCAUCCAAGUCAAAGCCUGCGCUCCCUGCGCAGGGGAGCUCCUCUGGCCGAAGAACUUCCCCCCGCCCAAUCCCCGAGAAUUGGUCCCCUGCCCGGACGUCGCCGGGACCGUCGUGGCCGGACCCAAGGACUCGCCUUUCCAACCAGGUGACAAAAUCUACGCGCGAACAAACUACCUGCGCCCGGGGAACGCGCGCGACUUUACUGUCUGCGUCACGGAUGAGAUGGCGCACGCGCCCAGGGGUCUGAGCGCCGUGGCGGCCGCGGCGAUCCCCGUGUCGGCGGAGACGGCGUGGCAGAUCCUGUUCAUCCAUGCGGGGGUGGCCGGCGCUGGGGAGGUGGAUCUUGCCGCUGCGGAGCAGGCGUGGAAGGGGAAGCGGGUGCUGGUGACGGCUGCGUCGGGUGGGGUGGGGAUCUGGGUCACGCAGCUGGCGACGCUGCUGGGGGCGAAGGUGGUGGGGACGUGUGGUGCAGCGAAUUCGGAGCUGGUGCGCUCUUUUGGCGCCGCGGAGGUGCUGGACUAUCGGCGGACGGGCCUGCGGGCGUGGGCGGAGGAGCAGCCCAGGCGGAAAGUGGAUGUGGUGGUCGACUGCAUCGGGCGGCAGUCGCUGGCGGAUGCGUGGUGGGCGGUCAAGGAUGGAGGGGUCGUGCUGAGUAUCUUUCAGCCGCCGGAGCAGGUCAAACCUGACGGGUGGGAGGGGUCAGCGGUGCGGAGCGUGUUUUUUGUUAUGGAGCCGGUGAGGAGGCAUCUCGAGGAGAUCACGAAGCUAGUGGAGCUCGGAAAGUGUCGCGGGAUGGUGGACAGUGUUUGGCCGUUGGAGCAGUAUCAGGAGGCGUUCAAAAGGUUGGAUGAGGGGCAUGCGAGGGGCAAGAUUGUUUUUGAUCUGUCUCUUAAUCUGUGA